GUGACGUCUCAUGUUCAUAGUUGUUUUUUGCCUAUCACUGAGUAUCAGUGUAAAACAGUUAGGUAACACACUGAUACCAAUCUAAUCAGACGGUAUUAGACCAUGAGGUUCCCUGCUGUUUAAUCCUAUCCAUUUCAAGGUUCCCUGCUGUUUAAUCCUAUCCAUUUCAAUGGAGGUGUAAAUUGGGUGCACUGACAAUCACCAGCUGUGUAUAUUAUAAUCUCCCCUACACCCAGUCAAGACCAAUACCAAUCUAUCUUGGUUUAAAUAGCAGAGAACAGGAGGGCCAGUGUUUGUUUCUGGUCAGACCUUACACCUUAGGCAUAACAGCGGCAUCAGGCUAGGGUUGAGCAGGUUCCCUCACACGAGAGCGCAGAGAAACCGAGAGACUGUGGAAGAGAAAGAAAUCUGAGAGAGAACAAAGAAGGGAUAGAGCAAUAGAAAGAGCAACAGACAGAAAGAGAGGGAAGAAGUAGAAAGAAAAAUAGAGGACAACGAGCCCGAAACAGAGGAGAGAUGGGCAACAGCAAAAGUGGCUCCCUGUCCAAGGGUCUCCUAGACGACCUGAAACUGAACACCAAGUACAGCGAGGAGCAGCUAUGUACCGGGUACCAGAACUUCCUGAGAGAGUGUCCCAGCGGGCGAAUCAGCAAGCAGCAGUUUGAGGCCAUCUAUGCCAAAUUCUUCCCCGACGCAGACCCCAAGGCCUACGCACACCACGUCUUCAGGAGCUUCGACUCCAACAGUGAUGGGACGCUGGACUUUAAGGAGUACAUAAUGGCCCUGCACUUGACCUCCUCUGGGAAGACCAUACAGAAGCUGGAGUGGGCGUUCAACCUGUACGACGUCGACCACAGCGGAAGAAUAACCAAGAAGGAGAUCCAAGAGAUCGUCAAGUCGAUAUUCAACAUGAUCUCCAAAGAGGACCAGAAGAAUCUUCCUGAUGAUGAGAACACACCAGAGAAGAGAGCUGAUAAAAUCUGGGACUUCUUCGGCAAGAAAGAAAAUGAUAAGCUAACAGAGGAGGAGUUUAUCCAGGGAGUGAUGGACAACAAGAACCUCCUCAGACUGGUCCAGUUUGACGAGCCACAGAAGGUCCAGGAGAGACUGAAGGAGAUGAAACAUUAGCAGUCUUUUUUUUCACUUCAACUUUAUGUGUCCAGGUUAGUCUCACUGGGGACAAAAUAUUCACAUCAAGAGAGACCUGAUGCUUGCAGUUUUUGCGGUUAUGUUUGUAACAUAGUACUUUUUCAAGUGUGUCAUCGGAGCAGCAUGUCCAUGUGGUAUCUUUUGUGUCAUUACCGUAUGUACUUUUUUAUUAUUUAGUCAUCAGUAGCAGAGAUUUGUUUCAAACACAAAAGGUAAUACAAAAUUCAUUUAAUGUAUAUAUUCCUUUAAGGAUACAUUUUAGAUAUGACAAAUACACAAUAAUACCCACAUCAUGCACAUUACUGUAACACGUAUCCUUCACACUGUACUUUGCAAAAUACCAAUAUUAGUAUGUUCAAUACCAACAUUUUCUGACAACAAAUAAUUUAGACUUACCUGUCAAAGCUCUACUGUUUUGAGUUAUUAAAUUGUGUUUAUAUACCUGCA